AUGCUUAAAGGAUACUGGCUACCCGGCUACAAACUGGAAAAGUCCUGGGCCAUGGGUAUCCAUGUAUGUGUAAUGUACAAUGCUGUGGAGACAGCGCUGGUACUCCUUCAGAAAGGCGCAGCUGUCAAUCAGAUGCCCAAUGGGAAGACGCCUCUGCACGUGGCCUGCGAGGUGUCCAAUGGUGACUGUGUGCCCUUGCUUUUGGCUCACGGGGCAAAGGUCAACAGCCUGUCUCUGAGCGGGCACACGCCGCUGCACUACUGCAUUACCCGGGAGUCUGUAGAGUGUGCCAAGCAACUUAUCCUCAAAGGUGCAAAAGUCAACAAAGCAAGCCACAACAACGAAGAGGACACACCUCUACACACGGCAGCCAGAUUCGGUGUUCCAGAGCUGGUGGCUCUCUAUUUGGCUCAUGGAGCAUCUGUGAAUGCAGUGAACUCUCUGCAGGAGACUCCUCUGAUGACUGCAGCCUUCUGGGCUUUUGACACUAAGGAGCAAACCUACAGCCAAGACCAUCAUUUAGUCUGUCGCCUCCUGCUGGACUAUCAAGCUGAUCCCAACAUUCAGGAGGCAGACCACAAAACAGCUCUUCACAAAGCUGCCUGGAACUGCGAUCACGUCCUGAUAAAGAUGCUGCUGGAGGCUGGGGCAGAUUCUCGAGCCAUGGACAUCAACGGCUGUUCUCCCAUUCAGUAUCUCCUUAAAGUGACGGAAGUCAGGCCUAUGGCCAUACCAGACCUCUGCUUUCAGCUGCUGCUCAACUACAAUGCAGCACGGAUUUACCCACCACAGUUCCACAAGGUGUUCCAGAACUGCCAUGACUACCCCAGAGUUGUAGAAAUCUUGGUUAACUCCUAUAGCAGUUUAAAACCCACAAGGAAGUGGAGAGCUGCUCUUCCUGAUGACUGCUACAAGCGCCAUAAAGACUUCUACGACUCCCUGUUUGCUGUUUGCACCGACGCUCCUCGCAGUCUGCUUCACCUCUCCAGAUGUGCCAUCAGAGCUGCCCUGGGCAGUUUCUGUGACAGAGGAGUAGCACAGCUGCCUCUGCCAUUAUCCAUGAAGAAGUAUUUAUUACUAGAACCUGAGGGGAUACUGUACUGAUAGAGACUCUGGUGUUCUGAUGUGCAGAAUGAGGCCUAAUGACCCGAACAGAAACAUUUAUUAAGUGCCUCUCCGCUAACUGUGGAAAUGAAAAGUGGUGCAAGAUGUAACAUCAUCAUCAUUAACAUUUUAUUUAUUUAAAACACCUCAGA